CCGACCUGGCUGUUUUACGCGCGACGCAGCUCCAGCUUUGCCUGCGCUGAAACUUUCCUCCGUGGCUGUUUUCAUGAAGAGCGGCAAGCUUUCGCCAAGGAAUUAAGGGAGACAUACUUUUGAUUGCUUUUCUCAAAUAAAUAUAUAUAUCCAGGAUGCCUCGUCCGGGGAGAAACACGUACAGCGACCAGAAGCCACCUUACUCCUACAUCUCCCUCACUGCCAUGGCGAUCCAGAGCUGCCCAGAGAAAAUGCUGCCUCUCAGUGAAAUUUACAAGUUCAUCAUGGAUAGAUUCCCUUACUACAGAGAAAACACUCAGCGGUGGCAGAACUCUCUGCGACACAACCUAUCCUUCAACGACUGUUUUAUCAAAAUCCCCCGGCGCCCAGAUCAGCCAGGUAAGGGCAGUUUCUGGGCACUACACCCCAACUGCGGGGACAUGUUUGAGAAUGGAAGUUUCUUGAGACGCCGCAAAAGAUUCAAAGUGAUGCCUGCGUCUGAUCACUUGGCCCCCAGUAAGCAGUCGGAUGCUGCCCAUUACCUCCAGCAGCAAGCCAAACUGAGACUGAGCGCCCUGGCAGCCACCGGCACACACCUUCCCCAAAUGUCAACUUACAACCUCGGAGUGUCUCAGACGUCAACUUUUAAACAUCCGUUCGCCAUCGAGAACAUCAUCGCCAGAGAGUACAAGGUCCCGGGAAGUCUGGCGUUCUCCACCAUGCAGUCCAUGUCUGCCGGGUACCCGCUCCACAACCAGCUGACGACAGCCUGGCCCCACAUGUACAACACCAGCGUGAUUGACACGGCGGCCCCGAUCUCCAUGGCAAGCAGCGACUACAGUGCCUAUGGCGUGCCCAUCAAGUCCCUGUGUCACGGGGGACAGUCUUUACCGGCUAUUCCUGUGCCAAUCAAGCCCACCCCGACCUCCAUGCCCGGUUUCUCGGCGCUACCUCCACACAUCCCCGCGUUUCUAUCAAACUCUCCACAGUCUCUGAGCCCGACGUCCCCACAGACAGCGACGAGCCAAAGCAGCCCCGCAACCCCGAGCGAGACUCUGACGAGCCCCUCCACACUGCAGUCUGUGGCUGUGCACUGACCAGCUGAACUUUUUCCCCUGCAGCGAACGAACUGCCGGCUGGCUGGCUCCCAGGCCCCGUUACCAAACCCAAAGUUUCUAUUUUCUGUCGUCGGAAAAACUAUCAAGGCGAGUUGCAGUUGCAUAUCGAUUUAUUUGUGUAUGUGUUGAAUGUGUCGCUUUAAAUUGUGUCAUAGGAGUCCAGCACAGAAUCGCACAGCGAA